CUUGUAACAGUAGUACAAACAACACUCAACAACAGUGGGAUAAGAAAACGAUAACACAGUAAUAGAUUCCUCAAUAGAAGCACUAUUUAAUUAUCGAUUCACAGCUGAAACAUAUGACUGAUAAUGUAAUCGUUAACUGGAUAUAUUUGAAUGGACUACCGGUCAAAUUAGGAUAACUUGAAAGACAAGCAAAGAAAGCGGUCAGGUGGCCAAGAUCACAAUGACAGCCAAAUCGAAAGAGAACGCGUUCGUCGAGGUUAGCACGACCGCUGAUACUGUAGAUGAACUGGCGGAGGCGACGGCUGACAAACUAGCGAUACAAGAAGACGCAUGUGCUGACACUGUUCUCACACCAUUCGUUAUCAUAUUUGGCUUCCCCGAUUCGUCAGUGACACAAGCCAUGGUAGAAUAUAUGCCUGAAAGUCUGGUACGAACUAAAGAUACGUCUGUUAGUUUUGGACGCGCGGAGACAUCUGAUGUACGAUUAAAUCACAAAACAGCAUCAAGACAAUUUGCUGAAUUGACUUUCUCCGUAGAUUCAGGCAAUCCUACAUUUAUGUUAAAGAACAUCAGUAAAACUAAGACUAUUUACAUCAAUGAUAAUGCAGUCAAUCCUAAUUGCGCACAAGCAAUCACCGACAAUAACAUCGUUAAACUAGAUGCAUUCAAAAUGAAUGUCACUAUAAAUCAAGGUGACAUUUUGGCUGAGAAGUGGGAAAUCAUAUUUGACAAAGCUCACAUUAACGGCACGCCAAAACCUACAAAUGGUGUACCUGUAACAAAGGCUGAUGAGCACACAACGUUGAAACGACUUUCAAGCGGAUUUGGAUCAGCUAGUGUAAGUUUUUCAACUGGUACUGAUGCUAUACCUGGACCAGUGUCGAGUAUGUCAUUCCCAGGGUCGGAGAAUUCUUCCAACGAGUCUUCAUUUUCACAGUCGUUCCCCUAUCGUAUGGGAAGUGAUGGCCAGCCCGUUGGUCAUGUCAACAGCCCCCUACCACUACAAGGCCCUCCUAGUAAUGGAUUCGGGUUUUCUAAUCCAAGUCAACCUCCUACCCGUUUCACCCAAUCAGAAUAUCCCAUCCCCGCACCGCAUCAACAGCUCUACCAGCGGCCAAAUGAGAGACACCAACUUUAUAAUGCCAAUCAGUAUGGCCCGCAACAUCCGAAUCCACCGAACCCUGGUGAUCAUCAGAUAUAUUAUCAAACACAAGGAGCGCAGAAUCAAAUGAAUCAACAGAGGUAUCAAAACCCUCAAGGACAACAUUAUCACCAAGGUGGUCACGUGCAGCAUCCUUCAUCAUAUAAAGGUCAGCCUUAUCCUAGUGCGCAUGCCCAGUCUGGUUACUCUGGUGAUCAAUGUCGGUGUCCACCUGACCCCCACACAGGUCAAGGUCACCAAGACCCCUAUGUCACGCAGCCGCACUCGUCAGCACCACGUGGUCCCUGUGACGGUCACCCAUUGGCCAUGGCGCUGGGGGCUCGACAUAGAUCACCUCAAGAAAUGCCAGACAGGUUUCCCGAGGAGUCGGAUGAAAGAGUAAUCAUAUUAAAGUGAGAUUUUGCAUAACGAUGAACGAGAUUUUUAUUAUUCUUUUUGUUCAGAGAAUAGCUUCAAGAGCUUCCGAUUAUAAAGUAUGUGCCAUGUGGGUAUUUCUAACGCCUUGUCAAACUAAUGGGGAGAAGCAAAUAAUCGAAUAGCCAACAGGCGAAGUUAAAGAUAGACCAUAGGCUAAGGUCGAUAGAAAUGUUGGAUUCUUUCUGGUACUGCCAUCUUUAUAUCGGCCCAGAACCUAUGAACUUGACAUCUAGCUGAGCCGAGACAAUGUUCCACAAUCUAAAACUAACAAUGAAAAUCGGCAUAAUGGGUACAAACUUAUGCAGCUAACUAAGAUAUGCCAUGGACUUCAUUUGAUAUCUGAGUCGGGUUUUGCAUGUAAAUUAUGUGUCCUCGGCGC